CGGAGGGGAAUCAGCCGGGGAGGCUGAAUCGCCGAUGGCCGUGGAAGAAGCGGCAGGGGCGGCAGAAGCGACCGGGGAAGAGGAGAGGGAAGCCCGGCCAGAGGUAGAGCCAGAGCCGGAGCCGGCACAAGAGGACAACCAGGUAACAGAAGCCGCCUUGCCGCCCGUACCGGCCGCCGGCAGCAGCCAGGAAAUCGCGGAAGAUCUUAGUUCAGACGAAGGUAAUGAGAGUGGGAGUAGUGAGGGCAGCAGCUGCAGCGGCUACGGGAGUCACGACAGGCCUGGGACCUCUUUGCAGAGGGCGGUGUCAGAUGCAAAAGCUCUUCUUCCAGACACCUUCCAGACAAACAACCUCCUCUUCUAUGAGAGAUUCAAGACCUACCAGGAUUACAUGUUAGCUGACUGCAAAGCUUCAGAGGUGAAAGAAUUUACAGCCGAGUAUUUGGAAAAGGUCCUUGAACCCUCCGGAUGGCAGGCAAUCUGGCGCACUAAUGCCUUUGAAGUCUUAGUCGAGGUUACCAAUGUAGACUACGCCUCCCUAAAAGCCAUGGUGCGGCUUUCCGAGCCUUUUCGGUGCCGGGUGCAAGAGGGGGUCUUCACCUCGGAGCAGGUGUGCGCACUGUUGGAAGUGAAGGAACAUCAGCUGCCGCUGCAGGAAUUGUCAGUUGUGUUCGAUGACUCGGGAGAAUUCGACCAGACAGCCCUUGCAAUAGAGCAUGUCAGGUUUUUCUAUCAGCACAUUUGGCGGAGCUGGGAUGAAGAAGACGACGACGACUUCGACUACUUUGUCCGAUGCGUGGAGCCACGACUGCGUUUGUAUUACGACAUCGCGGAAGACCGUGUCUCUCCAGCUCUGGUGGCGGACUAUCACAGUCGCCUUUCUCAAUGUGAGGAACUCUACCUCAAGUUCCAAGUCCUGAGGAACAGCAUCUCGGCCUGCGAUUCCGACUCUGAAAAAGACAAUGUCUCUGUGGCGGAAGGGAUGAAACUCUACGACCAGAUCGAGCACCUGAAACAACAGCUGGAAAUGAUUGAAAACCUUCUAUUCCGAUUCGUCUUUGGUUAUAAGAAGCACGCUGGGCUCAAAGCAAAAGGAACCCGUUCCUCUAAUGUCACCAUUACCCACGUUGUCUGUGCUACGAUCCAGUCGAGCUUCCUACAAUGUCUGUUCAGGGACAAACUUUCUCCGGAACACUUCAAUGAAGACAUUGAAAUCCAGUUCCACAACGAUCCACAGUCUGCUUUGAAUAAUUGCUACGAAGGAGAUCAGGUCAUCAUUUGUCCCGGCCAUUACAUUAUUGAGGGAGCAUUGCCUAUCGCUGAUUCUGUGGCCCUAGAAGGCUAUGGACUGCCGGAUGACAUCGUGAUAGAAAAGCAAGGGAAGACACAUGCUUUUGUUGAGUGUACCGGAAAGGACGUGAAAAUCUCUAACCUGAAGUUCAUCCAACAUGAUACGGAGAAAGGCAUUCUGAGUGUUCAUCAAGGAAGGACUACUCUGGAAAACUGUGUGUUGCAGUGUGGAGUUACUGGAGUUACGGUCCGGAUGGCUGCCGAGUUCUUAAUGAAGAACUCUGACCUGUAUGGGGCGAAGGGUGCUGGGAUUGAAAUACACCCAGGCAGCACCUGCAUUUUGAUGGGGAAUGGGCUACACCAUUGUCGAGAAGGAAUCCUGAUCAAGAACUUUUUGGAUGAGCAAUUUGACGUGCCCAAGAUAACCAUGAAGAACAAUGUGAUACACAAUAAUGAAGGCUAUGGUGUGUUACUGAUGAAACCUAAAGAGGCUAGUGAGGUCACGCCAGAAAGCACGUCAGGACAGCCGAAAGAGAGCGCGUCUGCUGAAGAGUGUGCCACCACUGAGAACUGCGAAGGUCCUCAUGAACUGGAUGGUAGCGAAGUGGACCCUUACAGAAGAGACAACGACGAUGAUGGAGAAGGCAAUUUUCAGAUUUCAAAGGAGCUUUGGGCCACCUCGCUGAAGAAGAACCAGCUGCGCCAAAAGAGACUGAGCCAGUUGGGGAUCCCAAAGGCAGACAGCCAGACAUCUCAGGAGAUGUUUGUGUCCAUCUUGGGCAACCAGUUCAAGCGUAACGGGAAAGGGUGUUUUGGAACCUUUCUUUAUUGACUUUCCGAGUUGUAUUAUCAACCUGACAAGAAUAACCCGCAGCUAAGCACUAAUGCUUUCCAGAAUAGUGAAAACUCCCUUGACACCUGGUUUUUGUGGUGGUGUUGUUUUUUUUAAAUUUAAAUCUGGUUAUAUUUCCUACUUCACUGUGUUCUUUGUGCGUUCUUUUCAGCAGUGGGUGUUGUGCUUUGCAGCAGUGAAAGGCAUGUGUUGGCUUGGAGUGAGUUUUGAAGCCGUAACGUGAGAGUUGAAAGCUCACUGAUGACCCUCUCGAAGGGAGAAGCUCUCAUCCUUAUUGGCUCUGUAUAUCUGUUUAUUAUUAUACUAUUUAUAUCUAACAUUGAUCACCUCGUUUUAAAAAUAAAAUAAAACUCUGUACAUUUAAAGGGAGACUGUUGGCACUGCCCUUCGACCUCGGGACUGCAGGUAAAAUGAACAUUUGUUGUUUGAGAAAUGGCUGGCCGUCGGUUUCAGCUACAUUGAGUAAAACUUUAUAUUUAGCAAAAUUGUCCUCUUGCAUUAGUCGUCCGGUUGAUUGGGCGUGAGGGAAGCUGUUUAUUUUGCUCUUUGCUCUCCAGUUUAUCUCUGCCU